GCUUGUCCGUGAUUUACGUGUUUGGAGUUGUGGCGGGACUCUUCUUACCCCACUUGGUGAUCAAUAUUGUAGGAUGUAAGUGGACAUUGGCGGCCAGCAUGUUCUGUUACGUUGUGUUUAUUGCAGUUAAUAUGUAUGCAGUAUGGGGAACAAUGAUACCAUAGGUACCGGAGCUGCAACACUGUGGGCUGCUAAGUGUACAUACCUCACUAGUAUUGGUGCCUGGUAUGCUAAAAUUACCAAUUCAUCUAGAGCAGGAACCAUUAGUGUUUUCUUUGGAGUUUUCUAUAUGAUAUUUCAAACGAGUCACGUAUGGGGAAACUUAAUUUCAUCAACAGUAUUCAGUCAAAAGAUUCCAGAGAACUUGAAUAUUUCUGACGAUGUGCUUGAGAAAUGUGGUGCCGCGCACUGUCCGUCUGACUAUCAAAACAACACUAAUCUAGACAGACCCGAUAUGACAAAGAUCUAUACUGUUUGUGGUAUAUAUCUUGGCUGUGCAUGUUUAGGCUUUGUAACAAUUGCCAUUUUCCUAGAUAAGAUAGAUCAUGAGACAGACGGUAGUCAAAUGACCACCAAACAGCUUCUAGGGGCAAUGGCUCGCCAUUUUUACAAUUCCAAGUAUCAGAAGCUUUUAAUACCACUGACCAUGUACAGCGGAUUUGAAGCAGCUUUCUUUGCAGGUGACUAUACCAGGUCAUUCAUCAGUUGUUCUAUGGGAGUAUGGAACGUUGGGUAUGUCAUGAUUGCAUAUGGUGUGGCUGAUGCAGCUUGCUCGUUGAUCAUAGGGAGGCUGGUAAAAUACACUGGAUUCCUUCCCUGGUUUAUCUUAACGUUUAUACUACAUGGAAGGACACUGAUAACUUUGUUGGUGUGGAAGCCGAAUCUUGAUUAUCCCAUUCUGUUCUAUUUGUUUGCAAUAUUCUGGGGUAUAGGAGAUGCCGUCAUACAGACGCUUUUAAAUGCCUUGUAUGGUUACUUAUUUACACAAAAGCCCGAGACGGCUUUUGCCAGCCAUAGACUGUGUGAGUCAGCGGGAUUUAUCAUAGCUUUUGGCUACAGCAGUUAUAUAUGUACAUACAUCAAGAUCUACGUGUGUCUGAUUUUUGUUACUGUAGGAACUUUGUUGUAUUGUGUGGUAGAGGCGAUGCAAAGGAAACAAACAAACAAACACAAAGUGAAUACUACUGAGUAUCUGGUUCAGUGAUCAGUAUAUAUUUUGAGGACUUUUUAUCCAACUAAUGACAAACUUUAAACAAAAUGUUAAAGGAAAUUAGUAUUUUUUUUAGUUUUUUGUCUGUCGUAAAAAGUGCAACAUUCAGUUUCACACAAAGCAUCGUCAUAGAAUAUUUUGACAGUGACUAUAUGUUAUACAUUAAGUACGCAGAAACGCCAUUUUCACCUAUCCAGUUUUAAAGAUGGUUAAUCAUAUUCUGAUCAAGUAAAGGAUUUGGUCGAAAGUUUAACAAAUGUUCACUUAUACUUAUGUGUGUUUACUGACAGCUUAAUACAUGUUACAAUAUCACUGCAGGUAUUUAAAAAAAAUAGUUUUACCAAUCCUGGUUGUCAUACCAAGGUAGAUUAUUUUAUUUUUAUUUUGUUGAGUUUAACGUCGCACCGACACAUUUGUAGGUCAUAUGGCGACUUUCCAGCUUUGAUGGUGGAGGAAGACCCCAGGUGCCCCUCCAUGCAUUUUUUCGACAUGAGCGGGCACCUGGGUAGAACCACCGACCUUCCGUUAGCCAGCUGGAUGGCUUCCUCACAUGAAGAAUUCAACGCCCCGAGUGAGGCUCGAACCCACAUCGAUAAGGGGCAAGUGAUUUGAAGUCAGCGACCUUAACCACUCGGCCACAGAGUCCCUUGUAGAUUAUUUUAGCAAGUGUAUAAAUUUAAUAAACAUACUUUGUCUAAGAAAUCAUAUGAAUAUAAGAACUACUGUAUUGUAAUUGUCAAAUGCUUACGUUUACAAAUAAGUAUGUAUUCAGCCGAAAUUCAAUAGAAAUGCAAGUUUGUAAAAUUCUUAUUUUCUCGAUUUAUCUACCUUUGUAGCGCAACCAGGACAGAUUGGAGAUACAUGAAUUCCGAAGCUACACACUGUUUUAAAACUUGCCUGCUGGUUCAUAUUAUUGAAAUAUUCCAGUAUCUAUCAAAUGAAAGUUUAAAUUUAAAAUAUAUAUUGAAAUCAAAAGCAAUAGUCCACAUUUUGAACACCUUCAUAUUAAAGGGGAAUAAUUACAAAAUUUCUUAAAAAGAUGAUAAAACAUACAUUUCUAGCUCUAUGAAAUAGGUCUUUUUGUUCCUUUAAUAAAUUUCUCACAGAAUAUCCAAUAACUGAAAAAUGUCACAAAAUGUUGCUAAAAUGUGCCUGACAAUUUAAAGACAGAAGUUACAAUGAAGUUUGUUCAUUUUUACAGGCACAUAUUGCUUUGCCAUUUUGAACGACAUUAUUGCUAUUGUUACCAUUGUAUAUGUUAUAUCAUUCUGCAGAAUAUUUCUCCGGCCAAUUAUCGAUAGCGGUCAGAUUUUCUAUAUAGAAAUAACAAGGGCAUAUACACAUUUUACUAAACAAAAAUACUAAAAAGAAGAAUCCUUAGGUGCAAGAAUUAUAUCCAUAACAUCUGAUUCAUCAAAGGCUAUUUUUGAAUUAAAUUUUAUCUUUAAUUUCGAUUGACCCACGCCUCUAUUGAUGAUGCCAUCAUUUCGCCAUUUUUCGCUUCUAUUUUCUAUAUGAAAUGUGUAAAAAUGUCAUACACGCGUUUGUUUAAAGCAACUUUUUGUACAAAACCAUUGAUAUGAAACCUUAGAUGCAAGCGAUUUAUUACUCUAAAUGAGUAUAUCUUUUGAAUGAUAUAUAUUUCAUUUUUGUAAAAUUAAAAGUUGAUGAACCCA